UUCGCGACAACAGCGACGACGACGACGAGGAGUAGGAGGAGGCGGCUGCUCGCGAUUCUUGUUUCCUCAGCUAUGCUCCACUUGAAAGUGAAAGAGAGAGAGAAAGAGACACUGCUUUUUGAUACGAUCAUCGUCUCUCGCACGUGGGAGGAUGUUAGAUAUUCUAGAGUUCUCCGGAGGAAGGAAGAAAGAGAGAGACACAUUACAGAUCUAUUUGUCACAUAGAAAAAAAAUGCGUUCCAGUUUUAAGGUAAUUGGUCCGUCAAACCAUUUUCUUAAAGUAGCCUAAAUUAGCCUUUUAAAUUUUAUUUCCAUAUUGAUGGACAUAUUAUCUACAUAUCCAUAAAGAAGAAAAAAUCUCUUAUGAAACAAUUGACCAUUUGGAAGAUAUUCGCAACUAAAGGUGACACGUUUUAUACGCGUUCCUUGAUGUUAAUAUUUUAUCUUUAACUUUUAUUUUUAAUUUCUUCUAAACCACUAUAAUUUUGUUCCCUGUAUCGUUUGACGAACAAAAUUCUCUUGCGCCAGCCGAACGAGACGAGAACGAGCGGGAGCCAUCGAGAUGUUUCAUGAAGGUACCAAGGGAAUUUCUACUCCGCCGUUGGGCAACUUGAAGAGCCAUUAAGAUUGUAUUCUAAAAAUAAAUCCGUAACGUUGCGUCCGGGAUUAGAUUGAUCUAAAUUCUAAAUCGUCUAGACGAGUCGACACGGAGUUUAAUUCCCAUCUCGAUCGUUCACAGAUUGCUCGCAGUGCUUUUUUGCCUCGUUCAAAGGUGCUAACUUAGCUUUCAGUUAAUUAGAAAUCUAUAUUAUAAUCAUCUAAUCGGCGAUCGAUGAUCAGUAAAAAAUCAGAUGAUCGUGAAAAAUCGUUGAUCCACGCACUGGACAUACGAAAAGCGUUCGGCGUGGUCAGUGAUGUACACAGACUCGCGAGAGUAUUGCACAACCAAGCGAUUACGCUGAUAGACAGAAAACAUGGACGAGGAUUUCAUUGUAAUGUGCCAGGAGAAGUGAACGAAUUCGCCAGAAAUAGGAAACACGUGUGAAAGCAAGAAGAAUAACGUAUAAUGAUUUUCGAGCCUUGCGUCUCUUGUCAUUUUUUUAAAUAUUGACUAGUAGAUAGUAUUAUUUGGCAUAUUCGAAGCUUCAAAAUAAUCCUUCGGUAUAAUAUAAUAUAAUAUUCUUCGAUAUUUCACGACGAAGUUCCGAGAUUCGAAGUCGAAUUAUUCGAAGCUCCGAACUUCGCUCGAACAUUCACAUACCGAAGCUGUUAACAAAACUAAUUUUAGAGAAUGCAAACAAAAUAUUGUCUUAUUAGAGAGUAUCAAUUGAACGUUAAGACGUCCUAACAGGUCCUAAAGAUAUUUUUCAGACGAUAAGACAAAUUUCAUUACUCGAACGUAACGCGUCGAAGAUUCAGAGUGUCGAAGUUUCGAAGAGCCGGUGCCUCGAUCAUACAAUUUUCAACCCCGAUACUGACGUGAAAGAAAGAGCUGAUCGUGCGAUUAUUUCUUAUACGAGAAUCAAGUGAUUUCUAAAUACUUCCGCCUCCAAGACCCGUUCUUUCGCCAUCUUUGGCCAGGUCCUUCUAAUCGGCCGCGGCAAUUGAAAGAGAGGGUGCGCGAUCGUGCGCGGCGGCCAAGUUCAAGUGCGGCCGGUCGGCCGGUCGCGGAUGUCAACGGCGGCGAACUUUCGAAGUUUCAGGCCGGGACCGACGGUGGGGACCCACGGUGGUGGCCCGGCCAUCGGGUAUAUAAAGCGGCUGCGAUCAACAACGGACAUCAUCAGUCUCGCUUUGGUAGAUAACCAAAACCAACCAAAUCCACUCAACAAUGGCAUUCAAGUUCGUCGCUUUUGCCGCCCUCGUGGUCGCCGCCAACGCCGGUGUGCUCGCCCCUGCUCCUCUGGCGUACGCCACGGCUCCGGUCGCCGUCGCCCCGGUCGCCAAGGCUGUGGUCGCCAAGGCGGUCGACGCUGACUUCGACCCGCAUCCCCAGUACAGCUACGCCUACGACGUGCACGACAGCUUGACCGGGGACGCCAAGAGCCAGCAGGAGACCCGCGACGGUGACAUCGUCCAAGGCAGCUACUCCCUCCUGGAAGCCGACGGCACCAGGCGCACCGUCGACUACACCGCUGACCCGGUCAACGGAUUCAACGCCGUCGUCCGCAAGGAGCCCGCCGCCGUCGCCGUCAAGGCCGUCGCCGCCGCCCCCGUCGCUCACGUCGCAUCGGCUCCUCUCGCCUACGCCGCGCCUGUCGCCAAGAUCGCCACCCCUGUGGCUCACGCUCCCCUCGCCUACGCCGCCCCCGUAGCCAAGGUCGCCGCUCCCAUCAGCUACGCCGCUCCCAUCAGCUACGCCGCGCCAGUAGCCAAGAUCGCCACCCCGGUUGCCGCUCCCAUCAGCUACGCCGCUCCCGUGGCCAAGAUCGCCGCCCCCGUGGCCUACGCCGCACACGCUGCUCCUCUGGCUUACGCCGCACACGCUGCUCCUCUGGCCUACGCCGCGCACGCUGCACCCGUCACCUACGCCGCGCACGCUGCACCCGUCACCUACGCCGCGCACGCUGCACCCGUCACCUACGCAGCACACGCUGCGCCCGUCGCCUACGCCGCGCACGCAGCACCCCUCGCCAAGUUCGCCGCCGCGCCAGCCAUCUCCUACGCCGCCCCAGCUGCCUACAUCCACUGA